AGGAGAAGGGAAUAAAUAAUAAAUAUAUUAGUUAGAGGGAUGCCUAUAAUUUACAGAAUCCAACCCAAAAUAAUUACCAAAUCUCCCCUUUUUUCUCCCAAAACCUCAUAUUGUUCUUCUUCGGUGCUGGUGACAAUGUCUUACGAUAGAGAGCUUGUUGCUGCCAAGAAAGCCGCCUCCCUCGCCGCUCGACUCUGUCAGAAGGUGCAAAAGGAUCUAUUGCAAUCAGAUGUCCAGUCAAAGUCAGAUAAAAGUCCUGUUACAGUGGCUGACUAUGGUUCACAAGCAUUGGUUAGUUUUGUGCUGCAGAAGGAAUUUCCUUCUGAAAAAUUAUCAUUAGUUGCUGAAGAGGAUUCUGGAGAUCUUUGCACGGAUGGUGCUCAGGAAACACUAGAACGCAUUACAAAACUUGUGAAUGAUACUCUAGCAAGUGAUGGUUCAUAUAGUGUUUCUCCUUUAUCUACUGAAGAUAUUCUCCAGGCCAUUGACCGUGGCAAAUCUGAAGGUGGUUCCCAGGGCCAUCAUUGGGUUUUGGAUCCUAUAGAUGGUACUAAAGGAUUUGUUAGAGGAGAUCAAUAUGCAAUAGCAUUGGCCUUGUUAGACCAAGGAAAAGUAGUUUUGGGUGUCCUAGCUUGUCCAAAUCUUCCUAUAACUUCUAUAAGUGGGGGGAAUCAACAUGCCUUCAAUAGUGGUGAAGUUGGUUGCCUUUUCUUUGCUGAAGUUGGUGGAGGAACUUAUAUGCAGUCACUAAAUGGUUCUUCCCCACUGAAGGUGCAAGUAACUGCAGUUGAAAAUCCAGAAGAAGCAUCCUUCUUUGAGUCGUAUGAAGCAGCACAUUCCAUGCAUGACUUAUCAAGCUUGAUUGCCAAGAAACUAGGUGUAAAGGCACCACCAGUUAGAAUUGACAGUCAGGCAAAGUAUGGGGCUCUAUCUAGAGGAGAUGGAGCAAUUUAUAUGCGUUUUCCGCACAAAGGAUAUCGAGAGAAAAUAUGGGAUCAUGCUGCUGGCUACAUUGUUGUGACUGAAGCUGGAGGCGUGGUCAGAGAUGCUGCAGGGAUCCCUUUGGAUUUUUCCAGAGGAAAAUAUCUAGAUGUUGACACUGGCAUCAUUGUUACCAAUCAGAAGUUGAUGCCAUUAGUCUUGAAGGCAGUUAGAGAAUCCCUGGAGGAGAAAGCUUCAUCCUUGUGAUUCUUUCAUUCCUCGAAUCCCGCUUAUAUGCUCUUGAAUAAUUUAAACAAAUCUCUACAGCUGCCAUUUAUUAUGCCUUGGACUGUGCCAUAUUAUAGUCAGCAAGUUUUGCUCUCCUGAUCCCUGGUAUUCUUGUAGGCGUGUAGAAUUGAGAGCUACUUGGAUAGAACAUUAGAAGCCUGCAUCUUGUAAUGAUGGAAUUGUGAUGGCCACUCACCGUAUGAUCAUCAGUACUCUCUGGUAUGAAAUAAAAUGGCCUUUCGUAAUAAAUUCCAAAGUCUGCAAUUCCAUUGGCUCUCUGCUAGGGUGACAACUCUCUAGAAGAGAAAAUUGUUUCUGACACAAGCCCGAGCUUCCAUGGCAUGUUCCAGUUGGAAUUCGUCCGUAAUACCUAUUUCGCAAUCGCGAACGCUGUGUUUCUUCUACUGCUUCUAAUUCCAACGUCUCUCCAUAGAUGAGUACCCGUUUAAUGAAGUGGGUACAUUUGUUGAAGUUCGACAACUACCCGUAUCCGAAGAGCCAAUGGCUCUUAGCUCUUAGCAUUAG